CAGACUACCAUUCAUGAAACUCAUCUGCGUAACAGCGAGAGAGGAAGAACGAAAUCUACGUCAACAACAAAAAUGUCGGAUCAAUACGCCACCGUCCAGAAAGGUUCCCUGAAAUUGAAAGGAAUAGGCGUCGUUUCCGCCGGUAAAAAAAAGAAGAAGAAGAACAAGGAGAAGAAGCAUCGUUUGGAGCAGCAAAUUAAUACAAAUAAAAAUGAAGAGGAGGAAACCAAGAGUGGAUACAUUGACAAAAGAACACCAGCUCAAAUGGCUUUUGACAAGAUGCAAGAGAAGAGGCAAAUGGAGAGAAUUUUGAACAAAGCAGAAAAAACUCACAAGCGGAGAGUUGAGGAUUUCAACCGUCACCUGGACGCCCAAGAACAUUACGAUAUUCCUAAAGUCAGCUGGACCAAAUGAAGAGGAAUCCUGGACCAUUUUCAUUUUAGAAUUGCUUUAGAAGAA